UAUAUCUCCUGAAUAUGCAAUGCAAGGGCAAUUUUCAGAGAAAUCAGAUGUUUUCAGUUUUGGAGUUCUAGUGCUAGAGAUUAUUAGUGGAAGAAGCAAUUGUAGAUUGUAUGAGAUGGAGGGAUCUCAAACCCUUUUAGGCUAUGUAUGGAAGCUAUGGAAUGAAAACGACCUGGUGUCCAUUAUUGAUUCAGAAAUAGAAUAUCAAGGUUCUUAUGAGGAUAUUUUGCGGUGCAUACAUAUAGGAUUACUUUGUGUGCAAGAAUUAGCAAAAGAGCGGCCAACUAUGGCCAAUGUAGUGUCGAUGCUUAGUAGUGAGAUUGCUAAUCUUCCUAUUCCAAGGCAACCUGCAUAUAUACUAAAUGAGACAGAGUUCAAUUUGAAGUCUGCUUCAGAAACACAGGGUUUGCACUCUGCUAACUUUGUUAGCAUUACUGACAUAAGUGGGAGAUAAUAUUGCAAAUGCAAUAAGACAUGAUUGUUAAACUUCACUUAUCUAUUAUGGAUGAUUAUUUCAUUAGACUUAAU